AUGGAUAUUGACGACAUUCUCGCAUCUGUCGACCGCGGCGCUGGCGCCAGUCCAGAGUCAUCGGCCAUCGACCACCAACUCCUGACCCGAUUCUGGGUCGCCGAACGUGCCGUCUCGGAGGUCCUGCCAUGGCCCGCACCGCUAAUGGAGCGGAUGAUGGAUAGAGUGCGGAUGCAGAUCGAAACAAUCGAAGACCUCGCCGCCUCCUCCGCAGACAUAGACCUCUCCACAAAACAGCACACCCACAACCCAAACCUAAAUCUCCGCCUCUCAAUCCUUCAAACAGACCUCGCCCGAACCCAAUACAUCCUCCGCAGCCUUCUCCGCCAGCGUUUAUCAAAACUCACAAAAUACAGCAUGCACUACCUCGUCAAACUAGCCAGCCGAACAAAAAACCCUCUCUCCCAAACCCCCUCGCAAUCGCAAUCCCAACCUCCGCCUUCACAAACGCUCUCACCGGAAGACUCAGUCCCAGACAUCUCAGCAGUAACAAACUACAACCCGCUCUCGGCGCAAGAAUGCGCCUUUGUCCAUGCGCAUCAAACGCUUCUGGCGGGCCACUAUGGCGGCUCAUUCAUGGGUGCGUUCCCGCCGCAGCUCAGACGAUUGGAUGAUAAUGCUGGAGGGACUAGUAUGGUUGAAGGGCCUGAUAUGAAAGAAGUGGUUUUUGUCAGGUGCUUGGGGGUUGAAGUUCCUGUUGUUGUGGAGGGUGUUGAUGGGGGUGAGGAUUUGGGGGUUGUUAUGCGGAUGGGUGAUGUUUGGGUUGUGCUUUGGGAGGGUGUUAGGGCUGCUUGGAUGAAGGGGGAGGUUGAGUUGCUUUGA